AUGGAGAAGAAGAACUAUAACAGUGAAGAGAAAAACCCCCAACUUGGGUGUCUCAAUCAAUAUACUACAGAAUAUAUACAGACCAACAUAUUAUUUCUUGAUGAACCUGCUGGAUCUGGAUUCUCAUAUGGAAAAUCUCCUGAAGCUUACAUGACAAACGACACAUUAACACCAAUUCUGAUACACAAAUUUAUAAGGAAGUGGCUUGUGGAUCAUUCUAAAUUUGUCAAGAAUCACUUAUAUGUUGGUGGUGAUUCCUACAGUGGCAUAGUAGUGCCAAUGACUAUUCAGAAAAUUUUUAACGGUAAUGAAGGUGGAGAAGAGCCACAUAUCAACAUCAAAGGGUACAUUCUUGGUAAUCCUGUAACAGAAAAAAAUGAUGAAUAUAAUGCAAAAAUCAAACAAGCUCAUCGUAUGGCACUCUUAUCAAAUAAAAUAUACGAGUCGGUUAAAAAUAAUUGUCAUGGUGAGUACUUCAAUGUAAAUCCAAACAACAGUCUUUGCAUACAUGAUCUUCAAGUGGUACACAGGUGCGUUGAAAGAAUUAACGUGUACAACAUGAUAGAGCCUGCCUGUGACCCUUUAAACACAUCAAAAUCUGAGCUCUUGAGGAGGGACUUAAGGUCUCUUCACAAGACAUCUAUUGAUAUUUGGUCAUCAGAUGAAGUUCACACACAAUGGGAUUGCAAUUCAAUGUCUGCAUACACUGAGGCAUGGGCUAAUAGGAAAGAUGUAAAAGAGGCUCUUCAUGUUAGUGAGGACUUUAACAAAAUUAGGUGGGUGGUAUGCAAUGAAAGCUUGACUUAUGAUUAUGGUAACCCAGUGAAAACUUACAAGUUCAACGUCUUGAGUACUGUUGCUUAUCAUCAAGAAUUUUCUCAUAGACAUUUACGAGCUCUAGUAUAUAGUGGAGAUCAUGAUUUAUUUGUUCCACAUUUCUCUACACUGAAAUGGAUUAAAUCGAUAAAUUUAUUACUCGUGGAGGAUUGGAGACCGUGGUACGUCGACAAACAAAUAGCCGGAUAUACGAUGAAAUACUCAAACCAUGACUAUAGACUGACAUUUGCUACAGUAAAGGGAGGAAGUCACACGGCUCCUGAGAAUAGACCUAAAGAAUGUUUAAAUAUGUUUAUGAGGUGGAUUACUAAUGUUGACUUGUAAACAAAAACCAUAAAAGUUUGAUGUUAGUUUCUUAGGGUGUGUGCACCUGUUUGUAUGUUUUAUAUUUUCUAUAAGUUAGUUCAAUUGAUACUGUAAUGUGUGUUGGUUUAAAUAAAAAAUAACUUGUGCAA